UUCCAGGACUGUGCGUUUAACAAACUGCAGUCUAAUUCAGCGCUCAGAGUCUCAUUCCAGGGAAACAUGAGGGUCAUGGGUAAUAAUGUCGAGUGCAAUCGCUGGUAUUUCAAGUUCAAUGGAAAUGAAUGCAGUGGACCAAUGACGAUUGAGGCUGUUGUUUACAACAACUGGCAGUCAUCUGGGUACCAUAAUCUGCUGCAUCAUCGGUCAUUUGAGGGGUACUGUGAAAACAUUCCACAAGGCACGGUUAGAGUGGAAUUAUGGAUAGGACGGUGUAUUGGCACGACCCUGGGUGAUGCUUACACUGGGUAUAUAUCAGUGUCCCGGAUAAUGAUUGAAGAGGUGUCUGGGCCCCAGUCCUAAUAGGGAGUGUCCAAUAUUCUUUGUCUCUGUUUUACAUUCCUAAGAAAAGCAUUUAGAAAUAUAGAAAAUGUAAAGCACACAGUGGAGUAGUAGUAUUUUUGAUCAUUUGAAUUAAAUUUAUUUUUAGCUAAGGUGGCUACAGUCGCCGUCUUGCUAGAUUAUGUCUUCCGAUGCGGGAUUUGCGGCUUGUUUUUUUUUUUUUUCGUUUGUUGUUUGUUUGUUUGCCGUUUUUGUUUGACUUGAAGAGUAAUGGAUGCAUAAUAAAACAGUAUAGCUUCAGGUUACCCUUCAGUAUUACAAAUCUGUCAGAGUGGAAUUAUUCAGUAGGACAUUGUAGUGGCUACACCUUGGGUGAUGCUUACACUGGGUGGAGUUUAGUGUCCCGGAUAAUGAUUUGUUUCAAUUUCCUUACAAUAGCAUUCUUCAAAUAUAGACUGUAAAACGCAAGGUGCAAAAGUAUUGUUUUCGGUUAUAUUCUUUUUAGCCCUUUGUGGCUACUUUUAUGGUAUUAGAUUGUCAAUAAUAAACUCUGAUAACAGUAUCAAAAUUUUGUAUUAUUAUGUUGACAUAUUAGUCCUUUUCAUGCACUUUUGUGCAGCAGUUCUUUUGUUUUGCGCGCAGCGCUUUUCUAGUUCCUUUGUGGGGAGACACCUUUCGUGACGACACAAUAAUCGUCUGAGCGCGAAAUAAAUUGGUCCCCCAUGCAGCCGUUUUGUCUUGUCACACAAAGAUCCUCCCGGUUGCGUGACGAGACAAAAAUGACUGUUAUGGAGAGCGAUUGACAGUUGGCAAUACUUUUUUAGGCGAUACAUUAUGGAAGAAAAAUAUUUAUCAAUACAGCAUAUAUUUCCGGGGAACUCAUUCUCUUUUGGGUUAGCAAGUAGGACAUCAGACUGUCGUUCAUUUCCUGAAGUUUAUAAAUAUGUAGUCAAAGUAAAGGCUGUGAUAUAAUCCUUCAUCUCAGCGGAAGAACUUACGGACAGCUGCUGGAAAAAAAAAAAAAAAAAAAAACGAUUUAAUUAGAUAUUGCUUUAAUUAAAACUUUUAUCAAUGCACGAUUCCAGGAGCUGAUUACUCGACGAUUCCCAGUUUGUGGCUAACCACUUCGAGGUAAAACCAUUAUUAAAAUCGAAUAAGAAUUUUUGAGGAGAAAAAACGUACCUUGUAAAAUUUAUAACAAUUAUCUGGAAAGAUGAAUAUGAUUAUUGGAUAACUUGAUUAUCUCUUGCAUGCGUGCCAGCGUUCGAAAGGGGAGGGAAGUAACUUUAAUUUUUUCGGUCGCGAAAAGAAAGCCUGAAAAAAAAAAAUCAAUAAAAAACACACUUGUACGGGAUUCGAACCCUUGGCCUCUGCGAUACCAGUGCAGCACUCCAACAAACGACGAUAUUUUGCAAUGAUAAUAGGCAAGGCAGACACUCCAACAAAUGAAGAUAUUUUGUGACAAUAAGGUUCAAUAAGUUUUUAUCAUUCUAUAUGCAGUCGAAGGACUGUUCGCAACUUCUUCCUUUCUUCCGUAAGAGCUAGAGGCGACCAGUUUAUGGUCACGACCAGCAUCAUGCAUCUUAUACAGUCAGUAGAACCGCGAUAACUGACUCGGAUAAAUAACAAUUAUUUACCGAAGUGGAGGUGGCUAGUAGUGGCGAUUGACCGAGGCCGUGAAACGGCGAGGUGAAUAUCCACUACUAGCCAACGACACUGAGGAGAAUAACUGUUUUAGUAUGUAAUAAAACAGUGAGAUAAUUGAGCACAAAAAUGAUGAUUUUUAACUCAUUUACUGUUGCCAACGAUUACAGUUUUGGCGGCGAUGACCGAACGGCCGCGGUCGUCGCUUUUUCUUAGCGACAAAUUGACGAGCUUGCAUAGCUUGCUUGAUUAGUUGUGAAAUUUCUUAGUUUGUUACGGCAGCAAACCGGAAGGAGUUUUGCUUGCAACUUACGCGAGUUUGGCGUCGCUCGCUCGGAGGAUCUGGAGGUGAAUCAGUGAAUAGUGCAGGAUAUUCACUGAUUGAGUAGCCAAUCAAAGCGCGCGAAAAACACUAUCCACUAUUUUAGUAUAUACUAACUAGAAUUAUUCGCUAACUCGAACUAAAUUUCCUCUUCCUUGAUCAAAACUUUACUGAAACUUACUCGGAUAACUCAAAUUCCCCGCUAAGUAGAACUAGUUUUCGUUUCCCUUGAGAGUUCGAGUUGCCUGGGUUAGACUGUAUUAACAACCAUUGCACCCCUUAACAGGCAACAUGCAUGGCUGGAUAUUCUCUACUCACUUUUCGGGUAAAGUCAGUGGAGUUGAGAUGUAGAUGAGUUAUGGGGAUGCGGCUGAAUAUAUUACAUGACAAUUAUCUGAAGGUGAAGAAAACCUAGGGGGUAUGAAGACGCGCGUGAACGGGAUACCACAAAUUCAAGCGCCUUGCGCUUGACUCAAGUUUGGGAGAUCAAGUGAGGAAAGGAGAAGUGGAGGUAAAACGUUUUACAUGUUGAUAUUAUUCAGCAUUUUAAUAGUGAGCUUGAACAAAGACGUUUUGAGUCAGACGUGCGUCAACCGAAAGUGCGUUUUUUGCAUCUUUGGGCUGUAUUCUGCCGAGCAGUAUGAUGCCCAAAUUUUCGGACAAAGGGUUCUAUUAAGACUAUUAGAAAAAGAAAUUUUGGUUUCAUGACAUUAAGAAAGAUAAAGGUCUUACUUCCUAUUGACGUGCGUCGAAUGCCUUUGCUUGAGCUCCCUAUUAAAAGAAGAAUGAAGAGACAAUGUUGAGCCAAAAUUAAAAAGGAAAAAAAAAAUGUACGGUGGGCACUACGUCACAAUGCUAAUGGCGAUGGUUAGAAAGGAUGUCAGAAACAUUGUAUCGGCUGUAAAACAAUGCUGAAGCAGGGACAUUAUUCGCUUUGGCCGUUUUGAAAAAUAACGAGUAAACAAUACAAAAUUAAUGAUAGUAAGUCUUGUUUUAAGUUCACCACCGACCACAAAGAACCAACAAUGGCUUCUGCAACCACAAUAACAAUUUGCAUUUCUAGCUUUUAUCUAAAACAAAGGGUGUUAUCACUCACGUUCAAAGUUUUGUUUUUAUGAAUUUUAAAAACAAACUCGAACAAAAAACAUAAACACACUAUGAAUCAAUUUUGGUUUGGCGACAACCAAUGCCAAAUUUUUGCGUUGUUAGCUCGUUUUUAAAUUCGUCGCUUACACGUCGUUUUCUCAUCUCUAGCUUAGAAUUUCAGUGGCUAAAUGACACGCAGUCUUCGUGUACACUACAGUUUUUGUCGUUCUAUUUACGCCCUAUAACUAUAAAUGAACCGGUCGGCCGCUAAGACAGUCGCUGAUUUUCCUUUCUUCUAUUAUGAUUUGAUGUUCACAGUUUAUCGGUUAGCUUCGGUUCAUCCGAUUAGUUCUUUUAAUUAAAAGAAUUAACGCAGUUUACUUGCCUCCUUAAAACAAAGAAGAAUUAGCUAGAUAUAAUAUAUGUCGCAAAAAUAAGACAGAUCGAUAUAAAUGUCUUUGUUUAAUUCUAGUGAAUAUGGGAAUGCCAGCAUUGAUAAUCAGAAUGUCGUUUCUUUCUCUUUUUUUCUAUUUCUUAAAAAAUGUUUCAAUUUAACGAGAAGGCCAGCAAAAGUUUCAUUCAAAGGUACUUCCGUUUGCCAUUUCAAAUCACAACAACGAACAAACCAAUUAAAGAUAAAAGAAUCGUUAUUGUCCAAUCAGUUUUAUCAGUUAUAGUGUAGUCAGUAUUUUCUGAUUGGCUGACGUCUCCUCUAUUGUUCUGUUCCCUAUAUAUUUGCGAUACCACCCGGAUGGUUUGGGCGGAUCAGUAAAACCAGCGCACCACAAACUUCUCUUGCCAACACCUAAAGAUAGCAAAAUACAAUCUCACGCUCAAUCUUAUGCUAAUUCUCAAGCCCCAACAAGCAUAGUUAUUUAUAUUCGAUAAGGCGUUUUCAAAUCAUUUUAAAAUUACAAUUCGAUAUGCACAUCCGAUGCAUGGCUUGCAUCUGAUUAACCCAGGUAGCACUGGGGUCUCACUCAAGGAAGCUGAAUAAGUACAUGGAAAUUAAGGCACCGUUUCCAUUGUUUCAACAGAAUAUUAUUACGAGACCGGUGGCUAAUAAUUCAUACAUGUGUAGACAAGAACGAAGAAUGAAAAGAUAAAUUUCUACUUCUGAGAUCACUCUGAAAAAGUUUAUGGUAGAGAAUUGAUCCUUUGAUUUUCUCUCGGUCUUGAUUAGCUUUAAACUCAAGCUAUACUCGAUCCAAAUAAAAAUAACUUAACCUCCAAAAUUAGUUAGCAAAUGAUAAACAUCAAUUGAAUCUGUAAGUUUUAAAUGAUUUAAUCAGUGAUCUAAUCUGGUAACAACCUCAGUAGGUUGAACGUCAAUUUUCGGAAAAUAUCUGUUCGGAAGACGAUUUGAGAUCUAGAAUUUUUUGAGAAUUUGUUGUAAAAUUUCUUGCUUGCUUGCUUCUGCUAGGAUUUUCGAACAUCUAAAAAAUGGUAUAAUUUUUAACGUAUUUUGACCCCAAAAAGGUCAUCUAGAAUUUUCGGGAGCCUUUUUUCUGGCUGAAAUUUUCGAUAAGGCAAGUUUUGAUCCCUAUAAUUUUCGGAUCACUAUCUUAGCUAGGAAAUCUGAACAGAUGAAAAAUUUUUAGGGGAGAAAAAUAUGCUUAUAUGUACUGUUUAUUACUAAAUUACGGUCAACAAUGCUAUGCUUAAGAGGUUAUAAACUAUAUUCUCAAUAGGUGACCCUGAUUAAACUCAAAAGGUUUCAAAUGGUUCGUUCAGCGAUCUUUAGAAAGCUAAUGUAGACUAUCUACAGUUGUCAUUUUUACAAUAGAAAGAAAAGGAGACAAAGGAUGGAGGGAAAGGAGAAAGCGCCAAAGCAAGUCAAGCAAGUGUAGUAACACAAACCAAGUGGAAACAAUGUGUGUGGAAAUCAGGUAGCUAAAGCGGUACUGAUAAAGGGAAAAUUAAGGUAUACGUAAAUGGAAUAAGAAUCAUGAAUAACACACUGCAAAGAUAAUUCAUUCCUUUUCGAAUAAAAUAUUUUCAAAAAGAACGUCCCCACUCACAUUCAUGGAAUUUUUCCAAAGUGAUACAUUUUCCAACACAUAACAAAGAUUAAAAUUAAAUUACAUUUCACUUGACUUUGUUUCUUGUGGGUAGAAAAUAGGAAAGCCAUUGUACAUGAGUAAAAUGAUUCCUGACCAUAUGGAUAUGGGCAACAAAACUUUAAGCUAUUACCAAGUUUAAAUUAGGAGGUAAUCUUAGCUGCAACAGCUGGUAUAAUCAACGUUAUUUAACGAGGGUAACACGGGACAGUCUUCAACUGAAUAACUAGUGACCCUCAAACUAAAACUCUAAAACAAAAACUAAGUAACCAAAAAAACAUGUCGUUAAAGAAAAAUAACUAUAAGCAUUAUAUGAAUAAGACUAAAAAGAGUAAAGACUGUAUUACAAUUAUAUAAUAUCCUUACAAUGAAUAUCUUCAAAACUAUAAUUACAAUAAGAAUACAACUAGGAUGGGUCAAGCGAGAGGAAGGUUGUGAAAUGCCGGAUUAGCAUAAAACUAAGAAAUAAAAUGAAGUUUCACUUAAGCUAAUAAAAAUGAUCAACGUCAUUGUAUCUCUUUAAAAAAAUCCAGAGCCUGGUCGCGGACACGCUAAAAGUUCUCCCCCUUAUAUCUGGGGUAGAAGAGGUUUAAGGCACUAUACUGCUGCCUACUGCGUGAGGGUAAAUCUGCAUAGCAUUUAAGAAGGUCAUACAUGUAGCUGGGGCAGUUUCCUUGUAGGCGCUUAGGGACUAGCGAACACUUAUUAACUUUAGCUUCGUCAUAAAUUGGGAGCCACCCUAAUUUAUUAAAGAGAUUUACGCAAUUUGAUCUUGUGUCAACUCCUAACAUUAUUCGGGCAGCACGGUUUUGCAGCUUGAGGAUUCUCGUUAAGUUAUCAGCUGAGCAGUUUUACCAGAUAGUUGACCCAUACAGCAUUACUUGUUUGAUCAUAGCACUGUAGUAAAGUAUGCGCUGUUCAAUAGGGAUGAAUCUCCUUAUCUUUCUAAGAACCGCUAUUCUCUGGGAUAACAUCUUACACAGUUCCUCAACGUGUACAUCAAAGGUUAAGUGUUUGUCAAUAGUAACCCUAAUUAAGAGUUUCUGACUAUCAAGCUGUUCUAUGUUCGAGUUAUCAAGUUUGAGUUCCUGUGAACAAUCUUCAAGCUUGCAUGGUAUACGUUUCCAUGUAAAAAGGAGACAUUUUGUCUUCGUAGCGUUUGUAACCAUUUUGUUGGCAGCCGACAAUCGUGAGACGUCAUCUAAGUCCUGUUGAAGGGCUGAUGACAUGGCAGUAGGGUCAUUAGUCACGUCUGAUGAUAAACUGAGAGUAGUGUCAUCCGCAUAGAUGUCUACGGUAGAAUGCUGUGCUGUCGAUGACAGAUCGUUAAUAAACAAGGGAAACAAAAUGGGGCCCAAAAUGCUCCCUUGUGGUACUCCAGCCGACAAAGUUCUAGGGGAGGAAUGGCAGUCAUUGAUGUGUACAUACUGUGUGCGUCCACUUAGAUAACUGCGUAGUAAGUCCAGCGCGUUAUCACGUACCCCAUAGGCUUUCAAUUUCUCUAAGAGCAGACCGUUGUCUAUGAGGUCAAAAGCCUUUUUAUAGUCAAUAAACACAAGCCCCGAUGCUCCGUUCCUGUCCAAGUCGAAGAGCAGCUGAUCAACUAGGCGGAUAAAAGGGCGGUCUCGGUAGAGGAGAAUUUGCGGAAGCUAGUCUGAAACCUAUGUAGCAGAACAUUAAAAAACGCUUGAAAUUCAUGGGGGGUGGUUUCCAGAGACGUUCUCAAUUUCAUUCAAUUUUCAUGUCAAGAAAAAAUAAUGAGGUAUUAUAUUCUCUUGAUGUGUCGCCAUUAAUUAAAAUAUUAAAAUAUUCUGCUUUGUUUGCUUUGAGGCAGUCGCAUGUGAACUCGAUGACGUUUCAAACAAUCAAUUGAGAUAUGCGGAUUUUCCAGGAAUCAGACUUCCGUUUAGUUACAAGCUCUAAAAAUACAUGUAACUUGAAUGAGAUUCAUAUAUCCCAUUCAACGCAAUAAGAUUCCUUAAUUCUCUGUCCCAUAUACUCUUUUGACAUCGAUCAUUACCCUGUCGAUCGACUCAGUAAAGC